CUCAGAGCAUCCCUGAUUGGCUGCCUGGCUCUUCGCUAUGGAACAGCCCACUUCCUCCACAGCCCAGCAGUUGUAUUUUAACCUCUUUGGCCCUGUGCACGCUUUUUUACACAAACCAUGUGAUUGCUUGAGUUGGUCUAAGCUUUGCAGCCUUGACAGGGCUCCUUUAUCAGCUUGCUUGCACACUCGUACUGGAAUAGCCUGGAAUGCUGCAGCUGGAUCCAGUGAUAACACUCUGGUUUGGGAGUUGCACACUGCACAGUUUCCUGUGACAGCAGAGGAGACGCUUGCAGAAAACAGUAAGGAAGGAGUGGCUGGGCAGGCUCUGUUUUCACGCAGUACAGUAGCUGGAGAUGUUUGCCAUCACUGCCUCUUUGCUCCGGCGAGGAGCUUUGAGAUACCGGGACAGCCAGCGCACCAUGGCAACCAUUGUAUCUGGAAACAAGACUGCAAAACUGGUGAAGGAGCAGCUGAAGAAGGAGGUAGCAGCGAUGAAUCAGUUCCCAGGAUUCCGGCCUGGCUUGGUUGUGCUGCAGAUGGUCAUUUGGUUGGGGACAGAGAUGACUCAAACCUUUACAUCAGCAUGAAGCUCAAGGCAGCAGCUGAGAUUGGAAUCAAUGCGAACCACAUUAGGCUUCCCGAGACAGCCACAGAGGACGAAGUCCUGCAAAGGAUAGUUGCAGUGAAUGAGAAUCCUGCGGUCCAUGGCCUCAUCGUACAACUACCGCUUGACUCUAUCAACCCAAUGAACACAGAGAAAGUAACCAAUGCUGUGGCCCCAGAGAAAGAUGUUGACGGCCUGACCAGUAUAAAUGCAGGAAAGCUGUCUCGUGGAGACCUGGGCGAUUGUUUCAUUCCAUGCACUCCUAAUGGCUGUAUGGAGCUCAUCAGUCAGACCGGUGUGAGUGUGAUGGGGAAGAAUGCUGUCGUGAUCGGCCGCAGUAAGAUCGUUGGAGCUCCAAUGCACGAUCUGCUCUUAUGGAAUCACGCCACAGUGACCACCUGUCACUCAAAGACCCUUGACCUUGCUGAACAGGUGGGCAGAGCAGACAUCUUGGUUGUGGGUGCUGGCAGAGCUGAGAUGGUGAAAGGAGAGUGGGUGAAGGAGGGGGCGGUGGUCAUAGACUGUGGUAUCAAUCAUAUACCAGACAGCAGCAAAGCCAGUGGGAAACGGGUGGUGGGGGAUGUGCACUACCCUUCAGCUAUAGAGCGAGCUGGAUACAUCACCCCAGUGCCUGGUGGAGUCGGACCCAUGACUGUAGCCAUGCUGAUGAAGAAUACAGUGGAAAGUGCAAAGCGGUUUCUGCAGAAAUACACUCCAGGAAAAUGGAACAUAGAGUACACAAAGAAGAAUCCCCUAGAGCCUCAGCCAAGUGAUGCUGAAAUCUCCUGUUCAUGCCAAAGCAAACCAAUUGGUCAGCUUGCAAGAGAGGUGGGCUUGUUUUCUGAGGAAGUGGAGCCAUAUGGUAGGAGCAGGGCUAAGAUACGACUGGAUGCUCUGAAACGCAUGGAGAAACAGCCUGAUGGGAAAUAUGUGGUUGUCACUGGAAUUACUUCUACUCCAUUGGGUGAAGGAAAGUGCACCACCACUCUUGGACUGGCUCAGGCUUUAGGGGCUCACCUGAAUAUCAACACUUUUGCCUGUGUGCAAGAGCCUUCCCCAGGAUCCUUUUUCGGUGCUAGGGGUCAUGGUUUCAUUUUGAUCACAGGGAUUGCUGUUGGAGGUGGAUACUCUCAGAUUAUCCCGUUGGAGGAGGUCAGCCUUCAGCCUUUAGGCCAGCAUGAGCUCAUCUCUGCUGCCAGCAGAGUGGUGAUGGACACUAUUAAAGCACAUGCUUACUAUGAGUCCAAGCUCUCUGAGAAGGCUUUAUUUGACUUAUUGGUUCCUCUCAAAAAGGGGCAAAGGUCCGUUUCUCCAGCCCAGCUUAAUCGACUGAAGAAACUGGGCAUUGAGAAAUCUGACCCCUUGACCAGGACUGAGAUAAGACGCUUUGUCCAACUGGACAUUGACCCAGACACUGCAACAGAUUCUGGCUCUUUGGAAAACGAGAUCAUGGCUAUUCUGUCACUCAGCAGCAGUGAGGAGGAGAUGCAGCAGAGGCUGGCCAAGAUAGUAGUGGCUACAAACAAAUCUGGAGACCCUGUCACCACAGAGGAUUUAGAUGUCAGUGGUCCAUUGGCCAUGCUAUUGAAAGAUGCCCUGAAACCUGUCUUGAUGCAAACUGUGGAGGGUACACCGGUGUUUCUUCACACCAGCCCAUUAGCUGAUAUUGCCCAAGGCAGUCCUUCCAUUCUGGCAGACAAACUGGCUUUAAAAAUGGUUGGAUCCGGAGGAUUUGUAGUCACUGAGUCUGGUCACGGGGCUGACAUUGGCUUGGAGAAGUUCUUCAACAUUAAAUGUCGCUACUCAGGCCUGCGGCCAGAUGUGGUAGUGAUAGUGGCCACUGUUCGUUCCUUGAAGAUGCAUGGCGGUGCCCCCCCUGUCCAAGCAGGUUUGCCCCUUCCAAAAGAGUAUUCACAGGAGAACCUCAAGCAGCUGGAAAGAGGCUGUUGUCACCUGAAGAGACAGGUGGAAAAUGCACAAGCAUUUGGUUUGCCAGUGAUCGUAGCUGUCAACAAAUUCAGCGGUGAUACUGAAGCUGAGCUGGAGCUGGUGUGUGGCCAGGCGAGGCAGGCUGGAGCCUUUGAUGCAGUGCAGUGCACUAACUGGUCUGAGGGGGGCGCUGGAGCGCUGGCUCUGGCAGAAGCUGUUCAGAGAGCGGCAAAACUACCUGGACAGUUCAGCUUCCUCUACGACACACAGAUUCCAGCUGCUGAUAAGUUAAGGACUGUGGCACAAAAGAUGUAUGGUGCAAAAGAUAUUGAGCUCUCUCCAAAAUCAAAAGAAAAGCUUGCACUUUAUACAAAACAGGGUUUUGGGAAUCUGCCGGUUUGCAUAGCUAAGACACACCUGUCCUUGAGUAAUGACCCCAUGCUGAAGGGAGUGCCCACCAACUUCAUGCUGCCCAUAACUGAUAUCAAGGCCAAUGUUGGAGCAGGUUUCCUCUGCUGUCUGACUGAAUCGACAAAUACAGAAAUGGAUGAUCCCAUGUGGCCCUGUUUCCAUGGCAACAACCUUUACAGUGACAGCAAGUAGCUCAAUUGUUACUUGCUACGAUGGGCAGGUUGAAAGUGGCUUAAUUAAUGGUCAAUUAAACUUUUAAUAAUUGGAAAGGAACAAUUUUCUUUUUAACAUGACUAAAUGGUUUUUAAAACCAAUACAAAGUUUUAGCACCAUAUGAUAAAAUGUAGAAUAUUUUCAUGUUUUACUACAAAUACUAUACAGCUGCUUUUUUAUUUGCUAUAAAAUGUCCUAUGUACAGUAAAAACUAAUUAUCAAUGUCUUUUUAACUGUGCGUUAAGUGUAAAUUUUGACGAAUGAUGGAUUUUAGGAAUUCACUCCAGAUCUCACACUUACUAUGCUGUGCUUCUUGAUCCAUAAGAUAUUUUUAGCCAUGACUGAGCUUUAAAACCAAUUGUCUGUCAGUAUUUUUCUUAUCAGCUUGUUUAUGCUGAAGUUUGCCAGUAUUAUUGAAAGCCACAUUUGAUUUUACAGAUAAUGACACAUUGAUUCUAUGAGCUUGCGUAAUGUCUAUAUGUUUAUUCUAUACGCUAUCUUAUCUGACUCAAAUAAAUCUUGGCUUAGCCUUUAAUGAAGUUUCCAGUUGCUAUAGAUACUAAGCUGCCAUCCUGAUUGUUGUCUAUAAAUAGAUCAUUGUAUAUUUGCCCAGCUUUAUUUUUAGCCUCUUCUUCAAUACAUGUUACCCAACAGCCAUUGCUGCCAUCCAGUAUUCAGUGAUCACUGUCAAUGUGUCUCUUACAGUUAUCUGAUGCUGUGUGACUAGGAAACCAUUUUGUUUCUAUGGGGCGGGAAAAAAAAAUGUGUAUACCAUUAAAAAUGCUGCAUAAAUUGCUGUGAUCAUAAUGAAUAGAAGCUAAUCAAAAAUGAAACCCAAUGUUUUGGGAUCCUAUUUUAACAAAUGAUUGCCAUCUUUUUUUUAUGUUUUAAUUUGGUUUAAAAUGUUAUUACAUUCAUAUAGACAUGUUAAACAUCAUUGUAUCCAGAUACUUAAAGAAAAUCCUCAAAUAAAAGGUGUUAUCAUA